AUGUCGCGCCUCGACACCGCAGCUGCCGCCGCCGCCGCCGCUCCGCUCGCCACCGCGCCAGGCGCAACGCCCGCCGUGAUCGUUCUCGCACCCCCGCAACGCCCCUCCUCUUCCGCCAUCUCCCCGCUUCCGCCGUCCGCCUUCGCGCCUUUCGCGCGCGGCGGCGGCCCCGCGGGCGUUCCGCCGCUAGCGCGCCCCGACGCUUCCCCUUCCGCAACUCCCCCUUCCGACGCUGCGGGGGACACGUUCUUCUCCCCGCGAGACUCGUUUUCCUCCGCGCAUGGGUUUUCCGCCCGGGAAUCUUCCUCCCCUUUUAGUCACCAUUCGUUAGACUCCGCCCACCCGUCGAGUCGCGUUUCUAGUGGCCUCCGUGCCGGCCGUUCGCUGCCGUCCUUAGAUCCGUCGAUCCGGAAACCGCGGAGACCGCACGAUCUUCUCUUCCUGGUUCUGUUCGUAGCAUGUCUGGUCGGCACGGGAUACGCGUCUGUUCGGAUCGGUUGUUCGCGGUGGACGAUUCCGCCUCCUAGCAAUAGUAGCAGUAAUAGCGGAGGUGCUAAUAGCGGGGCGCAAAUUGAUCACUCUACGAAGGAGUUCUGGCCGGUUCUGAUGGUAGCUGCAGCGGUGGCGCUAGCAGCGGGGACGGUCCUGCUGCAGCUACUAUUUUUCUACACGAACAUGGCGAUUAAAGUGGUAGUGCAUGUGCUGACGACGUAUAUAGCGGUAGUUAGCGUGUUCUGCUUUUGGGAUAAGGAGUAUUUCUGGGGGAUCUUCUUCGCUAUUGGCGCUGUGUUGCAAUUCGUAUACGCCAUUGCGGUGGUGGAUAGAAUCGCAUACACCAUGCUGGUUGUGCGGCGAGCGCUAGGAUUCGCCCGGGGCUUCCCGCUGCUGAUCCUCUUCGCCCACGUGGCAGCACUGCUGCUUGCCACGUGGAUGGGCGUCUGGACGUUCGGCGUGUCAGGGAUCAUGGCGCAGGACCAAGCUAAGCUCGAGCGCUGGUGGAUUCUGCUGCUCUUCGCCAUGAGCAUCUUCUGGACGGCGGCGGUCGUCUGCAACAUGGUCCAUGUGGUGACAGCUGGCGUGAUGUCAGCGUGGUUCGCCGCCAGCUCAGCGGAGCAGAACCCCAGCUCAGCGGCAGCAGGGGAGUCUGUGUCAGCAGCAGAGGAGGGGCGCGGGGGUGCGGCAGUGCCACCUCAGCAGUUCCAGCUGGCACCGGGGCGUGUCACUCUGGAGGCCACGUGGCAUGCUCUGAUUGGUCUUGGGAGUAUCUGCUACGGGUCGCUUUUCAGCCCUCCGAUUCACGUGAUUCGAUGGAUGAUCCGGGGAGUGCGUGCCUGGUGCAUCGGCAACGAGUGCUUCUUCUUCAUUAUCAACCUCGCAUUCAACUUCAUUGAGGCUCUCACACGGGCCUUCAACGCUUUCGGCUUUGUCACACUGGCCAUGUACGGGAGGAGCUUCAACCGCUCCUCGGUCGAUGCAUGGGAGCUCUUCCAAUCCACAGGAGUAGAAGCAGUGAUAGCAUACGACCUCUCAGGCGCUGUGCUGCUCAUGGCUGUGAUGCUGGCAGCGAUGGUGGCCGGGACAGCAGCGGGCGUGUGGGGGUGGUUCGUGGCGCAGGAGUUGGUGGUGGUGAUUGGGGCGAUGGGAAUCGUGACAGGGGCGGCAAUGGCGGGUGUGGUGCUAUCGGUGGUGGAGGGGGCAGUCACAGCAACCUACGUAACAGCAGCAGAGGACCCGACUCUGAUUGGCUGCGUCGACGCUGAGUUUGCCGCCCAGCUACUCGACACGCUACACCAGCGGUUACAGCACCGCAGCGGGAAACCGCUGCCACCCAGCCUCGCAUCAGAUGGUCUUGUUGGGGGGGUGCCGGCAACAUGA